AUGGCCAGGAGCUAUUAUUAUGUUGUAGUUUUGGCUCUUUUCAUCAUCAAUUUGAACUCUUUUGGACAGAGUGCUACUACUAAAGAUGAUGAUCUGUCAUUGGGAGCUUCAUAUAUCUUUGGUGAUUCUUUGGUUGAUGCUGGAAACAAUAACUAUCUACCAACAUUGUCAAAAGCCAAUAUUAGGCCUAAUGGAAUUGAUUUCAAAGCUUCUGGAGGUAAUCCGACCGGCCGGUAUACCAACGGAAAAACCAUUGGAGACAUUGUUGGAGAGGAACUAGGGCAACGACACUAUGCAGUGCCAUUUCUGGCCCCAAAUUCCACAGGAAGAGCUAUAUUGCAUGGAGUUAAUUAUGCAUCAGGAGGGGGUGGAAUUAUGAAUGCCACUGGAAGAAUAUUUGUUAACAGACUUUCAAUGGACAUUCAGAUUGAUUACUUCAACAUUACUAGGAAAGAGAUUGAUAAAUUGUUGGGUGCAUCAAAAGCAAGAGAUUACGUAAUGAAGAAAUCCAUUUUCUCAAUCACAGUUGGUUCAAAUGAUUUUCUCAACAACUAUCUUCUUCCAGUCCUCUCAGUUGGGGCAAGGAUAUCACAAACCCCAGAUGCUUUCAUCGAUGACCUUAUCUCACAUCUAAGGGGACAACUUACUAGACUCUACAAAUUGGAUGCUAGGAAAUUUGUUGUGGGGAAUGUUGGGCCCAUAGGUUGCAUUCCUUAUCAGAAGACAAUCAAUCAGUUGAAUGAGGAUCAGUGUGUUGCAUUGCCAAAUAAGCUUGCACUCCAGUACAAUGGCAGAUUGAAAGAUCUACUCACUGCAUUAAAUGAAAACCUACCAGGAGCCACGUUUAUCUAUGCAAAUGUGUAUGAUCUAGUGUUGGAAGUCAUCAAAAACUAUGCAAAAUAUGGAUUUACAACAGCAAGUAGAGCAUGCUGUGGAAAUGGAGGGCAGUUUGCUGGGAUAAUCCCAUGUGGACCUACCUCUACUAUGUGUUCGGACCGUGAUAAGCAUGUCUUCUGGGAUCCAUACCACCCCAGUGAGGCUUCCAACGUUAUAAUUGCCAAACAAUUAAUCGAUGGAGAUACGAAAUACAUUACUCCGAUGAAUCUCCGGCAGCUUCGAGACCACUGAUGGCAUGGCUUCUCCAACUGUUAGUUCAGUUAUGCCUGUUUGGGUCUCGUGGUUUGAGGAUUUUUCUCUUUCCUUUUUGUUCUUAUGUUUGUUGGGUGUUUAUUAGUUUAGAAGCCCGACAUUUCUGUGUACAAUCUAGAUUGAACAACGAAGUUAUAAGUGCGCUGCCAUUCAAGUCAAGUACUAAAAAAUUUGCAGUGAUUGAGCUGCUGUUCUUAUUCAUUGGGGUUG